ACAAAAUGCUUGUCCAGAUUAAAUCAUUAGAAUUUAAUCCAUUACGACAACCAAAUUCUAAUGCUAAGAAAUCAAUUCGCCUUGUCAUCCAUUCAGUAACUUACCAUACUAAACCAAGUACCUCACUCGAAGAACAAUUGAAAAAAAUGUUUCUUUUUCCUUUUGAUUAUCAUUCAUUGGUUUUUGAUUCAAUGAAGAUAGAUAUUUAUGAUUACGGGUUAUUUUUAAAUACAAAAAAAAAACUUGGGCGUGCCAUUAUACAAUUAAAUACUUUAAAGCAAGCCAUUAUUGAUCAAAAAGAAUUUGAAAGAACUCUUCCACUUGAAAUUAAGGAAUUUCCGCAUAUGCAGGAAGUUG